UCGUCUCGGCCAGGCGUAGUGGCGUACAGCCUCAUCCUCCAUAGCUCCAGUCGAUCUCUCCCCUCCGCGACUCGUAUCAGUCGGCUGCCGACCAUCGCCGGUCCAAGAAGCCGCCUGCUCGUUGCCUACUCCGCCGCCCCACUCGUCCUUCGAUCUUCCCUCCUGCCGUAUCCGGGAUCCGGAUCGACCUUCCUCUAUUCGGUCGUCGGAGUUACGCCCUGUUCCUGAUCGAUCUUGGUAGUACCGUCUGCUUAUUGCUAGAUGGAAAAUACAAUUGAUUCCUUGACGUACAAAGGUUCAAUUCCAGAGGCAAUUAAUCAAUCAAGAAGGGAGAAAAAACUCUUUGUAAUCUACAUAUCAGGUGAAGAUGAGGCCUCAAGUAGGAUUGAACAGUCUACAUUGGUUGAUGAACAUGUGGCUGGGGUGAUUAGCAGAUGUUGCAUAUUCUUGCAACUAAAACAUGGCAAUGUUGAUGCAUUGCAAUUUUCAGCUAUCUAUCCACAGAAGUCUAUCCCAAGUGUAUCUGUCGUUGGACUGAAUGGCGCUAUGCUAUGGAAUCAUGAGGGGUAUAUUAGCCCCGAAGAUCUUAAGGAAAGCAUUGAGAAGGCUUGGGCUGCCCUUCACCUGCAGGAGACAGCAGCAACCUUGUUAGCAGCAUCACUUGCCUCAAGAAUGGCUGAUCCUGCGAAUACCGCUUCUACCAAUAUGCCUUCUACAGAAAGUUCAUCUACUUCAGAAGAUCAUUCUAAUUCACCAAGUCAAUUUCCAGAGUCUUCUUCAGUCCGUGGAUCUACUAAUUCUACUGAUCUGGUAGCACAACCACCUAGUAGCAUAACCCAAGCUGAACUUCUCAAGACAAGUGAAAGCUCAAAAUCAGAUUCAGCUUCAUGCAAUAUAACCACUGAGGAGAAGUUAGAUUCAGCACGUAAGGCUGUGUUGCCAGAAUUUUCAGCGAGCUCAAAUAUGGACAGUUGCACGGAUCCAAAUCAAACAGGUAGUACACCACCACUAAAAGGAAAGAAUAAGGUGGGUGAGAUUAGCAAUACAGUUCCUUCUGAGCCAGCUGCUAGCAUAAUCACUGGUAGAAGUACUUCUUCAGAGUUGCCUGUGGAACAAGAUAAGGCAACAACUAGCAGCGCUGUUGAUGUGACCUCAGAUUCUGCAAACAAAGAUGAUAUUCAGCUAGUCAUUCGUAUACCUAAUGGACCUAGCCUGCAGAUUAAAUUGACAAAAGAAGAUGUUUUAAGGAAGGUGAAGAAUUUUGUGGAUGAAAACAAAGGUAGUGCGAUUGGAUCUUAUAAUCUUGCGAUGCUUUAUCCAAGAAAAAUAUUCACGGAACAAGAUAUGGAAACGUCAUUGUAUGAGCUGGGCAUUGAAACCCGGCAGGCCCUUGUUGUUGUUCCAAACCCUCAAUCUGUUAAAGUGGCAAGGCACCAAUCGUCAUCCCCAUCCAGUGAUUUGGACCACAUGGUGGAUUCAGACAAUUCAGGUGGUUGGGGAUAUUUUGGCAUUCUGGGGACAGCCUUAUCAUACGUGAAUCCAUUGUCCUACUUGAGAGGAAAUCCUGAGCAACUGGGAAAUGAAGGCUCACAGCAUUACAGACAGAGCUCUCCUUCCUCGAGUCGCCCAGGAAUGGGGGCAGCUUCUGAAUCCCAACCUCUCAGCAGUAAUGGGAGCCAACAAGCAGCUACUCAUAGCUCUGGAAAUACCUUGAGAAGGCGGCCCCGGCAGUUCGGUAGCAACAUUCAUACUCUGAGCAGUGAAGAACAAGGUCCUUCUGAUGAUAGAAAUGUUUUCUGGAAUGGGAAUUCUACAGAAUUUGGAGGGGACGAGAAGAAAUAGUGGGUGACAGUACUGCAUCAGAAAUAGUUGAUACCUGAACCAUUCCACGAAUUAUAGAUAAAUAAAUAUACUGGGAACAAACUGUGUCAAACUAUGUGGUUUAUGCGAAUCACCCGAUAGCACCUUCUCGGCAGCAGUGUUAUACAUAUUACGGACAAUUGCUAUUUUAGUGUACAGCUUUCUCUUGACAUUAAUAGAUUUGUGUGAAUUGUUUUUGCA